AUGGAAAUGAGGAAUAUUUCAGCUCAUCCUUGCAUCUACUCAGGAUUAUCUCCAAAUUGUAAUAAUUCCUCAAAUAUUGUGUCUCCAAAGGUUAAUGUUACCGAGAUGUUGCUGUGGUGCACCGUAGGAUUGAAAGAACGGUAUAAAAAAAAUUCUACAGUAAUUGUAAAUAGUACAUGCUUUGUAUCAAUAUUAUAUAGCAUGAUGUAUAUAUUGCCUCGUCGAGCUAACCCCUUUUGGUAUCAAGUUCCAAUUUUAUGCAGGAUAUUAUCACCUCUUGGUCAAGCUUUUGCAGUCAUUAUUUGUAUUCAUUUAUGCUUGAUCAGUUUAGAUCGUUACUUCUCGAUAUUAAAUCCUUUUUCAUAUAAGAAAUAUGUUACGAAAAAAAGGGUUAUCAUUCUUAUUUCUAUAAUUUGGAUUGCAUCGUCAGCCGUAUGUAUUGUGCCUGUGGUACUGAUAUUUAAGAGAAUUUCUACAGCGGCUUUAUAUGCUAAGUGUCAAGAAUAUGAUGGUCCUCAGGAAGAGAAAGUGUACGUUUUUAUCCUAUUUUUGGCCUUGUUUUCUCUGCCAUUAAUAGUCUCAUUGCUUACUUAUUGCCACCUUACGCUGAUUAUUCAAUUUCAUACUAAGGGAGUAUUUAUUAAUCGAAAUGGUGAUAUUAUGAAACAAAAGCAAUCAUGGCGUCGGAAAAAAGCUUACAGGCAAUUCAGUAUUUUGCUUAUUACAUUUGUAAUCUUCUUCUUGCCUUAUAUCACAGUCUAUCUUGUCAUUAAACAACUUGGACAUGACCGUAUUAGCACUUUUAUGCAUUAUAUGUUAUUAAUAACACGUUAUAUAGCGUUUUUCUAUCCUGCUAUCAUACCGCUACUUUACGCCUAUUUCACUGCUGAUAGUAAAAAGAAACUACAGGAAUUAUCGAAACGUGCUACGCGUUUGCCAAAACGUAUUAAUGAUGCUAGUGAUGAUCGUAUUAGGCGAUGUAGCGUUCGUGAGAGAUAUAUUUAA